AAUCACUGUUCAUAUCGAACACACCCGAUUUUAUUUUUCCCAUAAUUCUUUGCAACGUGCUUGGCCGACCCUAACAAUAGGCGCUAAGUUAUACCCGGCCGAGCUGUCCAGCAAUACAGACGUGCUUAGUGUGUGAAGGGGGUAUCGUGUUAGAAGCCUGUGUGGCAUGUUUUAGUUUCACAAGUUCAGCAUUUGACGCGGACACGGAUAGCUGACCGUGUGUCAUAUUGUUGAUGUUGAGAAGAUGAUGAUGUUAUGGUGAAGUCGAUGACGAUGCGAUGUUCAUGUUGAUGACGACGACGAUGAUGAUGGUCAUGUCGAUGAAGAUGAUGUUAUGAUGUCGAUGACUACGAUGAUGAUGAUGGUCAUGUCGAUGGUGAUGGUGUAGAUGAUGUCGUUCAUGGUGAAGUCGAUGACGAUGCGAUGUUCAUGUUGAUGACGACGAUGAUGUUAUGGUGAUGACGAUGAUGUCUAUUAUGAUUAUGGUGUGGUAGAUGAUGAUGUUGACGAUAGUGGUGAUGAUGAUGAUUGUGGUGACGAAACUACUCUAGUUGUGGUUGUCCGUAGUUGGUCCAGGACUACAGCCCCGGAGAUUCGGACACUCUUCUAAUUUAUUUUUGGUCAUUUGUAUAAACAUCAUAUUUUUUCUUGUUGAGUGAAAGGUGUGUGAGUGUUUGUGUGGUUUAGUGUUUAUAUUUCUAUCUUUUCUUUCUUUCUCUUAUUUUUUUUGUUAUUAAAUUUUGUUAAAUUUAAGAUGUCUUGUUGUUGUUUGGAGUAGCCUCCGCUCAUCCCGUUACAAUUGGUGGCAGCGAUGGGAUGAGUUGACUCCUCCAGAUACUACAAGAUAUCUUUAUAAGUGAACAGUUGCCAAGGUUUAUUUUAUUUUUCAUUUUUUGAUCUCUUUUGUAGUACAUGUAAGAGCAAGUGUAGGUCGUUGUUUCCUUUUCCCUUGGUGAGUACAUUACGUUAGGCAGAUUGUUUUGUUAAAAGUUGAGAAGUUAGUCCCUUUAUGAGAUAAUUUUGAGGUAAGUUGGUAUGUCAGUCAAUGCACCAUGUCUACUGUCAAGGAGAUGCUGGAGCUACUUGAAGUGGGGACCAAGAUGGGGAUGAAGGAUGAAGACCUUCAACAAUUCGUGAAGGACGAACAGGCCAGAAUGCGGGACGAACGUGAGAAACAUAGAGUCGAGAGACAGGAGGAGAGAGACCAGGAGGAGAGAGACCGCGACUUCAAACUACAGAUGGAGAAAGAGCGCGCCGCAAGAGAACAUGAUGAGCGAGAGCACGCCCGAUUGAUAGAAGAAAAGAGACAUCAGCAAAAACUAGAAGAACUGGAACUUGAUCACAAACUGCAACUCGAGAGAUCUCACAUGAAGCCGAGUGUUGUGACUAAAGAGGAGAAAGAAAAUUCUCAAGUGAUAAAAGGACCAAAACUUCCUCCGUUUGAGGAUUCGAAAGACAACAUUGACGCGUACAUUCAAAGAUUUGAGAUAUACGCAACAACGCAGAAAUGGAAUAAAGACACGUGGGGGACUCAUCUUAGCGCAUUACUCAAAGGAAAGGCACUGGAUGUGUUCGCAAGACUCUCACCCGAAACAGCACUUGAUUUCAACGAGUUGAAGAACGCCCUGUUGAAACGAUUUGACAUGACGGAGGACGGUUUCCGCAAGAAGUUCCGAUUUUCAAAACCAGACGGAAGUGAAACUUUUAUGCAAUUUUCUACCAGACUGGACAGUUACCUUGAGCGGUGGAUUCAGCUGUCUAAGACUAACAAGACAUUCGAUGAUCUGAAGGACUUGUUCUUACGUGAACAGUUUUUAUUGUGUUGCUCGAAAGAACUUGCCUUAUUCCUAAAGGAGAGGAUUCCUACUUCGAUUCAAGACAUGGCGCGAUACGCGGACCAGUUUGCUGAGGCCAGAACAGUGACAUCCUCUUCACUUACGCAAAAACCGCUCUUUGACAGACGACAGCAGUCCGAUAGACAACCGCCGUACAAAGAUUCCGUGCAACAAAACCAAUCUGGAAAUGCAGUGAAGUGUUAUGAGUGCGGACGACAAGGACAUAAAGCCUUUAACUGCAACUUCCGCAAAAGUCCGAAUAACAGGCCGUUUAAUUCGAGCGAGAAACAAGAAACAACACCGAAACAUACUUACCCUAGUGAUUUUCAACGUGGGUCGUACAAUAAUGGGAACCAUGGAUAUCCAGGACGCGGUAGAGGUCGCCAAGGAGCCGCGAGUGUCGUCGAGAAACAUGGAAACUUACCGUGUGUUGGUGAUUCGGUUGCUUUCUGUGAAACGGAAAUGCCAGUUGUGAAAGGAUGUGUUGGCAAUAAACUAGUGACUGUGCUAAGAGACACAGGUUGUAGUGGUGCCGUUAUUCGUAGAGAACUGGUAAACGAUGAUCAACUAACAGGGACAUCUCAACGAUGCAAGUUAGCAGACGGUCGUAUUAUUGAUUCAGAUGUGGCUAGAAUUGAUGUCGAUACUCCUUACUUUACCGGAAGUGUUGAUGCUUGGUGCUUUGAUUCGCCUUCGUACGAUCUUAUUUUUGGUAAUAUUCGUGGAGUAAGGAAACCACAUGAACCAAAUCCAGCCUGGAUUCAUUCCGUUGAAAACAUAGCAGCUGUUGAAGCGCGUGCGCAACUGAAAAAGAAACAGUCUCCAUACAAACCAUUGAAAGUACCGGAAGCAAUACGGGAUGUAUCGCCGGAGGAUAUCUUACAAGAACAACGAAACGACGAGACACUGAAAAAGUUAUGGAGCUUAGCUGAGAGUGGACAGCUUAAACAUUUCAGUGACGGCGGAUUUUCAAAAAUGUGUGAACGGAAGCAAAUGUUGUUCAGAGAAUUUUGCAGUCCCAAAGUGUCCAGUGGAAAACUUUUCCGACAGUUAAUCGUUCCCCGGAAAUACAGAACUAUCGUUAUGAAGAUAGCACAUGAAACGCUGAUGGGUGGUCAUCUGGGAUCAAAGAAAACAACCGACAGAGUAGUGUCCGAAUUUUACUGGCCAGGAAUUCAGUCAGACAUUAGACGGUUUUGCAGAUCAUGUGACGUGUGUCAGCGGACUAUUCCGAAAGGAGAAGUACCUGCAUUAUCGUUAGGACAGAUGGACUACAAGAUCGAUAUGGGAGGCAAGCUGAAAACUUUCCACGCAAAUCUUCUUAAGAAGUAUGUUGAACGAGAUACAUUGAACUGUGGUGUUUUGUCAACAUGUGCAAUUUCACUCAUAGACUUAAGUGACCUAGAUGAUGAUGAACAACAGGACUCUAUUCUUAUGCCACCUGUUACUCAAACCGAAACAGCAAAGGACAUAAAGUUUGCAGACAGACUAACACCAGAUCAGUUGGAAACUGCUAAAUCACCGUGUGAUUCGUUCUCAGAUGUAUUUACGGAUAUACCUGGAAUGACGAACUUAGUGGAGCAUAAGAUUGUUGUGACAUCGUCUGAACCUGUGCGUGUGAAACCAUAUCCAAUUCCGUUCAGUACAGAGAAAACAAUUACAGAAGAAGUUCAGAAAAUGCUACAGUUGAAUGUGAUUGAGCCAUCAUCUUCCCCUUAUUCAGCUCCAGUUGUCAUAGCUCGGAAGAAAGAUGGAACGAAUCGAUUUUGCAUUGAUUAUAGACGACUGAACUGUGCUACGGUAUUUGAUGCAGAACCAAUGCCCAGUCCAGAAAGCAUAUUUUCCAAAAUGACCGGAAAGAAGUUUGUGUCAAAGAUAGACUUAAGCAAAGGAUACUGGCAAGUACCGAUGGCUGACGAGAGUAAGCCGCUUACAGCCUUUUCCACACCAUCCGGAUUGUACCAAUUCAGGACAAUGCCGUUUGGUCUUGUAAACGCGCCGGCAACAUUUAGUCGUAUGAUGAGAAAACUACUUCAAGGUAUGAACGGCGUAGAAAACUUUAUCGAUGAUGUCAUUGUUUUUACAGAUACCUUUGAAGAACAUCUACACAUACUGAAGACUGUGUUCGAACGACUCAGAGAUGCGGGACUUACGGCCAGACCGACAAAAUGUUUCAUCGGAUUUGACAAGAUUGACUGUUUGGGACAUAUGGUGGGCAACAAGUGUCUAGAACCAGAACAAGACAAGAUUGAUGCAGUCAGAAAUGCGCCAAUACCACAAACCAAGAAACAGGUUCGUGCAUUCCUAGGCUUAGCAGGAUUCUACAGAAAGUUUAUUCCGAAUUUCUCUGCGAUAGCCAUUCCACUUUCUGAUCUUACGAAGAAGGGCCAACCAAAUAAAGUUAUUUGGACUGAAAGUCAGCAACGAGCUUUUGAUACAUUGAAACACAUGUUAUCAGAAAGGCCAAUAUUGAAGUUGCCAGAAUUUAAUGAAACCUUCAUUUUACGCACGGACGCUGCAGAUGAUGGGAUAGGUGCUGUGCUGUUACAGAUGGAGGAUGACGAGAAACUACCCGUAGCGUACGCCAGUAGGAAACUUCAACCAAGAGAAAAGGCAUACGCUGUUAUCGAGAAGGAGUGUUUGGCGGUAGUGUGGGGAAUACAGAAGUUCCACCAGUACCUUUAUGGACGCGAGUUUCUACUUGAAACUGAUCACCAACCCCUGACCUACCUUAACAAAGCAAAGACAGAGAACUCCAGACUGAUGCGUUGGGCUUUGCAGCUUCAGCCAUACCGCUUUAGGAUCAUUGCAAUCAAAGGAAGCGACAAUGUGGGUGCGGAUUACCUGAGUCGUCAGUGAGAUGUAUAGUAGACAGUACAGGUAUGUGUAUAGGUUUUAUUGUAAAUACGUGAGAAUUUUCAAAAUUCAGUGAUUGUUUAUUUGAAAUUGCAGGACAAUUUUUUAAGGGGGGAGGUGUGUGACAAUCACUGUUCAUAUCGAACACACCCGAUUUUAUUUUUCCCAUAAUUCUUUGCAACGUGCUUGGCCGACCCUAACAAUAGGCGCUAAGUUAUACCCGGCCGAGCUGUCCAGCAAUACAGACGUGCUUAGUGUGUGAAGGGGGUAUCGUGUUAGAAGCCUGUGUGGCAUGUUUUAGUUUCACAAGUUCAGCAUUUGACGCGGACACGGAUAGCUGACCGUGUGUCAUAUUGUUGAUGUUGAGAAGAUGAUGAUGUUAUGGUGAAGUCGAUGACGAUGCGAUGUUCAUGUUGAUGACGACGACGAUGAUGAUGGUCAUGUCGAUGAAGAUGAUGUUAUGAUGUCGAUGACUACGAUGAUGAUGAUGGUCAUGUCGAUGGUAAUGGUGUAGAUGAUGUCGUUCAUGGUGAAGUCGAUGACGAUGCGAUGUUCAUGUUGAUGACGACGAUGAUGUUAUGGUGAUGACGAUGAUGUCUAUUAUGAUUAUGGUGUGGUAGAUGAUGAUGUUGACGAUAGUGGUGAUGAUGAUGAUUGUGGUGACGAAACUACUCUAGUUGUGGUUGUCCGUAGUUGGUCCAGGACUACAGCCCCGGAGAUUCGGACACUCUUCUAAUUUAUUUUUGGUCAUUUGUAUAAACAUCAUAUUUUUUCUUGUUGAGUGAAAGGUGUGUGAGUGUUUGUGUGGUUUAGUGUUUAUAUUUCUAUCUUUUCUUUCUUUCUCUUAUUUUUUUUGUUAUUAAAUUUUGUUAAAUUUAA